GAUCGAUCUCCUUCCACGAGGCCUGAGGGGGCGGUGCCGCUUAAGCACAAUGGACCAGGAGGACUACAAGACAGACCCUUUCUCCGGUCAUGGUCUAUGGAGGAUCUCCCAGUUCACCCUGCAGUCGCUGCAGCCGUUGGAACCCUUACCGUGGGACGAGAAGCUGCCUGACCUUUCCGGCGGGGUGUUCAAGAGCCCUUUGAAUAUAAUCGACAAGACUGCCUCCGAACUCCCCGACCUCAAUGCUUUCGGUACCGACUUAUUCGACGCAGACCGGACGCUGGGGUUAGUGACAAAUGCGUCAAACGAGAGCCAGACCAAUGCAGCCCCGAGCGCGCACGGUGCUGAAGAGGAGGAAACAGAGGAUAUAUUCGCUCUUGCUGAUCUUGAGGUUAAGCCGGAUCGGGAGACCUUGCUGAAGACAUGGGAGAAAUUCUACGACCGAACAUCGCACGAGCCCGUUUCCGCAUACUUCAGCGAGUCAGGCGCGAAGGCUUUUGACGCAGAAUUGGCACAGCGAGAUGCGACUCAGGGAACGCAAGACAAAAAGCGCAUUGCCCCGCAGGAUCUCUUCUUUCAGGCUUUGCUCAAACUUGGAUUAGGAUGGAGUUCUGUCUUCUUCCGCUACAAUGAAGACGCGAGGCAGUUUGAACGGGUACGAGACGAUAUUCGCAUAUCCGGGGUUACAUCUGUGGCACUGAAUGGGUUGACGAAAGAACUGCUUCAGUGCGGUACCUGUAUGCAGAGGAUACGGGGAUUUGUCGGGAAGGUCUCUGUCAAAUCGUAUGAAUUCUCGGCUCUCUCGGCUUUCACGAGCGCCGCAGCUGUCAUUGUCUACACACUCGAAAAACAACUUGUUGGGUCCUUCAAACACAUUGCGUCGCUGCUCCAGAUCAAAGCUUUGUUUCAAGAAUGUGGAAAGAUAAUGAGCGUUCUAGCAAACAUAGUCGAGGCGGUUGAUGGGGCGGCAUCUGAGGCUCAGAUUAUCUCAGUUGUCCUCGAGCGAGCUGCCCACUUCUCUCAACUCUUCGACCACAUGGGGGCUCUUUUGCACGAACUUGUCAACCGAGUGGCUGUUCCUUGGCUUACACACGUGGAAACCUGGGUUGGUCUUCGCCCGGAGACAAUGGCGUCGAUUGAGAUGGCUUCAAGUGGCAAGAGCUUUGUGGCUAUGGAGACUCACGAAGAAAAUAGAAAGAUUUUUUCGAAAACACCGAGAGUUGACUACAGAUAUCUCCCUGACCAGAUGCCCUCCUUCGUGCCCCCGGAUCAGGCGUCCUUGAUUUUCGAGAGUGGCCGAAGCCUUCGGCUUCUCAAACGAAACCAUCCGCAGCAUCCAAUCGCAAACCGGGGAAAUAGCGAUGCUGGUAUGAAUUUUGAGUGUGCAAGCACGUGGUUCGAUAUCGAGAGGAUACAAAGGAAAGCGUCGGAUUACGAAGCUCGAGUCCGUUCUGAGAUACUUAGGUAUAACCGUGGGGAGGCUCAUACGGGGCUAUCGGAGGUGCUGCCUGCUGAGGUCUCUGGACACGCCGAGAACCAUGAUAUACUUGCGGGCACAUUUGAACUCUUUGAUCUUGAUGUUGCACAUAAAGCCACGGAGUUGCUACCUCAUGACGGGGCCUCAACGGAGGAUAAGAUUGGAUAUCUCCUUGACGGAAGCACAAAAGUUGAUGAUCUUGGGCUAUCUACGGCUCCGAGUGACUUUGGUCCAGAAUUGACCUCCUCGAUAUACCUGUCUCUGGCGCCUCUCCUCUCUUCACAAGCUCUUCUCAUCGAUUUCUCUUGCUUGCAUCUUCUGUUCAAAGAACAUCGGCUUCGAUAUCACCUGACCUUACAGUGGCGGUUCCAGCUUCUUGGUGACGGGUUUUUCACUACUCGUAUCUCCAAUUCCCUCUUUGAUCCUCACAUGGAGAGUGGUGAGCGGAAAGUUGGCGUCGUGCGAAGCGAUGUCCAUGCCGGCUUACGAUUGGGAAGUCGCGAUACGUGGCCUCCAGCAAGCUCUGAAUUGCGACUUGUCCUUAUCGGGCUGCUCAAUGAAUGCCAUGAUGCCGAUAAGCAAUCGGACAGUAUGGAUCAUGCUGAUAGAAACAAAGAGAGAGAGCUUCCCGGUGGCCUAAGCUUCUCUAUUCGCGACCUCACGGAUGAAGAAAUUGCAAAAUGCAAGGAUCCGAAUGCCAUCGAGGCACUUGACUUCCUUCGUCUCCAAUACAAACCCUCGACCGUUCUCGAGGCCAUCCUAACACAUCGGUCUCUGAACAAAUAUGACCGUCUCUUCAAACAUUUGCUUCGGCUACUGCGUAUGGUGUCCGUUGUGAAAACACUUAUCCGUGAUUCUACGGCGAGAGACUCAAUGUCAGGCGACACGCGAAAUGUACUGCAGAAAUUCCGCAUCGACUGUCAGCAUUUCGUUCUCGCCAUUAGCGACUACUGCUUUCAUGUUGGCGUUGGGUCUACUUGGCAAAGGUUCCAGGACACUCUUUCCAGGAUCGAGUCCUGCUUAGAUAAAGGCGACAUCGAUGGCACGAUAGAAGCUGCUCAUUCAGUUCCCCGGUUGCGGGAUUACCAUGAAGACAUUCUUGAUCAAAUUCUCUAUGCUCUGUUUCUCAGCAAGAAGCAUAACGAGGUUGCUAUUUUGUUGGAGAACAUCUUUGGGACAAUACUUACGUUUGCUCCACUAUCCCGACUGGAUGGAGUCAGUGGUGUGCGCCAUCAGAGCGAGACCACCGUUCGUCGUCUGUACAGUCUAUUCCGAAAACAAACCUCGGCGUUUGUAGGUUACCUACGCGGCAUCGAAGGCGGCAAGACUCCAUCGAGGUCCUUUGGCAAAUUGGGCAUGGCGUAUACCUCCAGGGAAGCGCCCACAAGUGUCUUCGACCAUCUUCUAGCCCGCCUGGAGAUGAAGACAUACUACUGAAUAUAGCCAAUGCGAAACAUGAGAUCCAAGUUAAGAACACCGCUUCUCCUCGACGUAGACCAGGCUUGACUGCCGGGAACCCUCAGUCAGACUGAGGUGAGUGGAUAUGCUUUCUGUUGGCAGGGAUACCCUUAGCUUGAACUAAACCCAUAUUCAUGAGAGGCUCUGUCAAUUGUGGUUGUAUUCAUCAACUAAGAGUUGGCCUUCUAUGCAUU